CUGUACCGUAUAUCAUAAUUACAGCAGCAAUUUCUGCUCAUGAAAGUGAAAAUGUGGAAGUGUGGCGAGUCUAAAAAAAAGCUAAGGAAGAGAACCUUCCAGGAAAAAGCGUAUAGGCUUCCAAAAGAAAUCUGGAGUUCCCGCCAUUUUUCUCUUUCUCAUUAUCUAAUGCUUGUGUCGUUAUUUUAAUCCAGAUCACAGGUUUUCUGCUCAAAAUUGUUGAUCAGUGGUGGGCUUCCCCGAAAAACCGAUAUGUGUUAACAGGAUCAGUGUGAAGCUUAUACUUUGUAAAAGAAAUAUCUCGAAUGUUUUUAUGCAGAUAAUAAUAAUAAUAAUAGUAAUGAUAAUAAUAAUUGCAUGUUCGUAUACUCUGUGGAUGGUGCAUAAAUGUUGUUGUGUGUUUGUGUGUGCUUACGGAAGUCAGCAAGGACUGUGUUUAGUGUUUACCAAUGGCACUCUCUCUCUGUGUGUGUGGAGGGGGGGGUUUAAGAGGUGGGGGUCCCUUAAUGCUUUUAUGGCCACGCUAGUUUCUCGGCUCCAUGUGUGCAGUUGGUUCGUUUGGUUUGAGGCAGUAAAUCAGACACGGCCCGGUCCUUCUGUUUGCGUAGGUGGAGUGGACGCAGACGCGAGGAGCCGUGGGCCCAGGGACGAGACACGUGUCCAUCAGGACCCAGAGCACAGCUGAGAGCGUGGACAGAGGCAGACUCUCGGAAAUAAACUCUCUACUUGUAACGUUUAUGUCCAUACAACCUCUCUCUCUCUCUCUCUUUCGCUCUUCCUCUCUCUCUCUCUCUCUCUCUCCACUCCACAUUCACUAUCUUUACUUCUCUCACUUCACUAUCUUGGCCCCCCAACACACACACUCAUACAGCCACAAACGUGUGUGUGAGAGAGCGCGUGCGCAAAGUGUGUGCGCACUAUUGACUGCUAUGUAGUGAUUACCAUUCCGGUCGGAUGGCACCAGCAAGCUGCUGUAAUUAAUAACCUCAUAAUCCGGGUUGGGGAGGAUGUCGGCAGAGAACACACACAGACUCAGGACAGAGUGGUGCAGAAACAAGGCGUCUCCUUAUUCCUAAGAAAUUACAGUUGCUAUUAUCCCUCCCAGACAAUGAUAACUAUCUGCUCCAAAAGGGAGAUUAAGGGUUUAUACAAGGAGAGAGAGAGGGAGAGAGAGGGAGACAGAAGCAGAUCACAUUAUCAAAACUAAACUGAGAUUGAUGAGAUUUCAUCUCGCUGUCAAGAAUACAGUCGGACUUAUAAUAACGCAUUCAUAUAAAGUGCAUGAAAUAAUAAUAACUCAAUCCCCGCAGUUGUUUUGCAAACGAUUAACAAAGCAGAUGCUGCUGCGGAGCCGCGUUGAAAUGCGAUUAAAGUUGUCCCUCGCACACUGUUGUAUAUUGAUUCGAGGAAUUUCAAUUUGGACUCUCCUGUUUGGCCUUUAAUCCGCAUUAUUUACAUGACAGAUCAGGUUGCAAAAAAAAUUAUAAAAACGAUUUUUUUCUGAGGUGAGGUCUGAUCCCGGAUCAUCCUUUAGUUGAAAAAAAAACUUAAGGAAAUAUCAGCAAAUUAUUUUAACCAUUUAUCUACAUUAACCCACAAAAUAAUAAUGAUAAUAAUGAUAAUAAUAAAUACGUUGAUGUUUAUUCUGCCCCACGCAAUAAACAUCCUCUCAGCCCAAUCCACUAAAAUGUUUAUUACUUAUCAUCAUCGCCACUUUACACUCACUCCUUAGAAACAAUGUAAUGCGCCGAUCAUCAGCUCAGCCUUUGAAGGGAAGUGCCUCCACGCCACCUCUUUUGAUGUCUCAAAUUAAAGAAUGAAGUGGCAGAGAUUCCACGGCCACAGGAGCCCACGACACCUCAGAGCCGGUGUGAGGAAGCUCAGCUUUCAGCCACACGGAGGAAUUCUAAAGCUGCCUUGAACGUGCGAUCCGGGCUCAUUAUUCCAACAGGAAUAGAAUAUUCAUCCCUUUGUAAUUAAAAAAGAUAUAUAUAAUUUUCAGUUCAAUUUCUUAAGUUAAUGCAAACGAUAUAAAUAGAUUUUAAUCAAUUAAAGAAUCGCUCAAAUGCUUAAUUUACAGAAGAUAGAUGUUGGCAUUUUUCACUAACAGAGAAUAUAUAAAUAUUUAUUUUUUUUAUUUUUUUCGGGUUCUAAACUUUGUUAAUGUAACCUGUUCAUUCAGAUAUUUUUCUCAGCUCAUCUCUUAAAGACCCGAUUCCAGUUUUGUUUUUUCCAACAAGCCACUUUCAUUCUGUCGAAGAAAUUUCUUAGUUAAUUAAAAACAAACGUUUAUCGGUCAUAAAGUCACUGUUGAAGACAGGAGCCAAAAUUUGCGUAGUUGUGAAUUAACCCAGAAAUAUAGCUGCAUAAAAGACCUAAAAAGAGAUCAAAUCCAGUCACUAAGUAAGAUUUGAAACUCCAUUCAAAUAAAAGUCAAGCGACGUCGGCGCACUCACUCCACAGAGGAGGGCAGAGAAAGAGAGAGAGAGAGGGAGGGAGAGAGAGGGAAGUUGAUGUGCGUGUGUGUAUGUGUGUGAGAAAGAGAGAGAGGGAGAGAGAGAGAGGGAGAGGGUGAGAUUUGAGAAAUAGGAGGGGCUUCUAAACGACUAGAAAUGUCAAUCUGAGCAAGGGAGUCCCAAUAAUCUAAGGCAAUCUGUAAGGACCUGACCUUAGUCCAUCCAGAUCAAUAGGGAAGUGAGGGUGGAGAGAAGAAGUGCAGAGGGAAGAAGCGGGGCGCAGGCGGAUCGUCCACACUGGCUCUUGUGGAGGAAAUAUAGACUUCCCUCUCUGGCACCUUUUGUUGCUCACAUGCUCUCACUGUAACAGUGGAUAUCGAGGCUAUUCCCUUGCUUUGUGAGAUUGCAGCAGAGCCGAGCGCCUUUUCCCUCUCCCCUCUCGCCCUGCCACCAUGUCUUUCCCUCAGCUGGGAUAUCAGUACAUCCGACCGAUAUACCCGCCGGAGCGCCAGGGGAUCGCCAACAAUGCCCGGGCCGCGACAGAGCUCAGCCCGUCCGGCGCACUCUCCAACGUCCUCUCCUCCAUGUACGGAUCUCCUUUCGCCGCCGCAGCGCAGGGCUAUGGAGCGUUUCUGCCCUACUCCAACGAUAUAUCAAUUUUUAACCAACUGGGUGCUCAGUAUGAACUGAAGGACAGUCCCGGUGUCCAGCACCCAGGGUUUUCCCAUCAUCACCCCGCUUUCUACCCAUAUGGUCAGUAUCACUUCGGUGACCCGUCCAGACCCAAAAACGCCACCAGGGAGAGCACCAGCACCCUGAAGGCCUGGCUCAGCGAGCACCGCAAAAACCCUUAUCCAACUAAGGGCGAGAAAAUCAUGCUGGCCAUCAUCACCAAAAUGACCCUCACCCAGGUCUCCACCUGGUUCGCCAACGCCAGGAGGAGGUUAAAGAAGGAGAACAAGAUGACCUGGGCCCCCAGGAACCGCACCGACGAAGAGGGGAAUGUUUACGGCAGCGAUCACGAGGGUGAGGAGGGGGACAAGAGGGAGGACGAGGAGGAGAUCGACUUGGAGAACAUCGACACGGAGAAUAUUGAGAGCAAGGACGACCUGGACGACCAGGACGACCUGCAUUCAGACAUUAAACUCGACGGCAGGAGUGACUCUGAGAUUUCUGACGGCUAUGAGGAUUUACAAGGGCCGGAGCAGAGGUUUCUGAAGUCUGUACAGGGGAAGGAGGGCAAGGAGUUGGAGAGAGGAGGAGAGCACUUCCACAGUCACCAUAACCACCAUCACCACCACCACUCUGCUUUGGACAUGAAAGUGCCCCAACCCAACGGGGAGCAGCUCAAACUGAACACGGGCUCCGCUGUUAGCUCGCCUCCCUCAGAAAACAACCCUGCCCCGGCCCAGAAGCCAAAGAUCUGGUCUUUGGCAGAGACAGCCACGGCCCCUGACAAUCCGCGCAAAUCGCCACAGAUGAACGGCAGCAACUCGGCAGGGCCGGCUGCCCAGACCAUCCUUGCCCCUCACAGACUCAUCUCUUCUUGUCCCGUUGGGAAAAUCCAGAACUGGACGAACCGGGCCUUCUCAGCGCACCAGCUGGCUUUACUGAAUUCGAACCAUUAUCUUGGACUGGCAAACCAGGCCACAGCCACCGGCCUGGCCCUGUACAGCAGCAGCAGGCAGGCGGAGGACAAGAGUCAUAGUUCAGAGACUGCAGUAACAGGUACAUGUGGCCGACACUGAGAGGUGUGUGUGUAUAGAAAAAAAGAAAAAAAAAACU